AUGUGGACUCGAUUCGAUUUGCUUAAAUUUCAGUUUCUAAUGAGGAAAGCUGCUUCUGGUGGGGUUGUCAAAAGAGGCCAGAAAUACGAUGAGGAUCAAAAACCUCCGAAUGAUCCAGACGAGGAUGCAGCCGCACGAAUGCGUUUAAAGCGAAAAUUGCAAAGGAAUCGAACGUCGUUCAGUCAAGAGCAGAUUGAGGCACUCGAAAAGGAAUUUGAGCGAACCCACUAUCCGGACGUGUUCGCACGAGAACGGUUAGCCACCAAGAUUGGACUGCCCGAAGCCAGAAUUCAGGUUUGGUUUUCGAAUCGUCGAGCGAAAUGGAGACGAGAAGAGAAGCUUCGCAAUCAGAAACGACCCAACAUGGAUACGAGCUCAUCGAUGGGUUCUGCAAGCGCCAAUGUUGUGAGCACAUCCAACAACAGUGUCAUCGCAGGUUCGGCAUCUACACAAGGUUCUCUAAUGAAUGCUGCAAGUGGUAUUGCAGCAGCUGGUGCUGGUAACGCAUCUUCAGGCGGGCCAGGCGCUCAACUGGGAACAAGUCCGACCGCUACGCCAUCAAGGUUUACCAAUCCGCUCUUUAGUUUCAGUUUCGCGAAUGCCGGUUUAAGUAUGGCGCCGCCACAACAUCCUUCCGAUUUCAGUUCAUAUCACAUGUUCCCGGGAGCGGCCAGGUCACCCUACGACGCAUUUCACCCGUACGCGCGCUCCAUGCAACCUGGUGCACCCCCUACGUUCGCCACUGCAAUGAAUCCCACGUCAAUAUCAAAUGUUAGUGGGCUUGGAGCAGCCGGUAUGAGUUUACCGGUGUCGGUAUUGUCGCAGAUCGAUCAAAGCCUUCCAGCGCCACCUCCGUCAGCCGCAGGCACCACCCAACAACCACCACGAUUCGACGAGUUGACCGAUGUCCAUCAUGACACGCAGUACUGGCGUUCUAAUUUCUCAUCCUGA